CUGCUCUUCAUAUUUCACCCAGAGGAGCGCAUGGAUCCGGGCUCAGGCACACUGCCCGCUGCUGUCCUGGAUGCUGCACAGACAGGAGAGACAGGAGGCUGUAACUGCUGCAUCCCUCACUUUGAAUAUAUCGCACAUAACACUAAUAUCUGCGGCUUUGACAGUGUGAACUAAGCAGCCAGGGGAGCUGCACAGGAGCUGUUGUUUCGCGUACAGUACCGGUAUAGACAGUGGAGAUGGAGCGGUGGAAAGGCAGAGUGGCCCUGGUGACCGGAGCCUCCGUGGGCAUCGGAGCGGCUGUGGCCCGGGCACUGGUCCAGCAGGGCAUGAGGGUGGUUGGCUGUGCCAGGAAUGUCGACAAAAUAGAGAAGCUGGCAGCAGAAUGUCAGAGUGCAGGCUACAGUGGCACGCUGAUCCCUUACAAGUGUGACCUGUCCAACGAGGAGGAGAUCCUGUCCAUGUUUUCAGCAAUCAAGACGCUACACAAGGGCGUGGACGUGUGCAUUAAUAAUGCCGGACUGGCCCACAACGAGCCGCUGCUCAGCGGAAAGACGGAGGGCUGGAGGAACAUGAUCGAUGUGAAUGUCUUAGCCCUGUCUAUCUGCACCCGUGAGGCUUACAAAUCAAUGAAGGAGAGGAAUGUGGACGAUGGCCACAUCAUCAAUAUUAACAGUAUGGGUGGGCAUCGGGUGGUGUCCAGUGCCGAUGAGCAUUUCUACUGUGCCACUAAAUAUGCUGUGACUGCUUUGACUGAGGGCAUACGGCAAGAGCUCCGAGAAGCAAACACCCACAUCAGGGCUACAUGUAUAUCUCCUGGAAUAGUGGAGACUGAGUUUGCUUUCCGGCAUCACAACAGCGAUCCUGAGAAAGCAGCUGCAGUGUAUGAGAGUAUGAAGUGUUUGAAAGCAGAAGACAUAGCCAGUGCAGUCACUUAUGUCCUCGGUGCCCCUCCUCAUGUCCAGAUUGGAGAUGUGCAGAUGAGGCCGGUGGAGCAGGUGUUAUAGCAUUGACACACGAGCAGACAGACGGCAGCCAUGGUGACUCCUUAGCGACCUCUGCUGGGCGCGGGUGGGUAGGGGGGGGGUGGCAUGGGGAGGGGUUUAACAAAUGUACUACAGCUGUGUUGGAUUUGCAGGGGAUGUGGUUGAUGAGGGCCGGAGCCUUAAGGAGGCUGUGCGAGAAAAUGAUGGGGCGUGGACUUUGUUAAAACCACUAGGAAAAUACUACUGAAUGCAGCAACCUGGUAUUUGUGAAUCGUUGAGCCCGGGUCCUGAGCUGAGCCGACUCCAAACUACAGUAGGAACAAAAAAAAAUAAAAAGGAGAGAGUCGCUGCUGCUGUGCUCAUGUGCACUUCAGAGGGAACAGUAUGCCAUUGAUUGCACAUGUUUUGGGGUUUUUUUGUAGGUCAUAUGACAUAUCUUUUUUGAAAUAAAAUGGAAAGAUUAAUUGCUGUUUAUAAGAAUGACUUUUUUUUUGUUUAAUUUGUUUUAUAAAUAUUUUAACCUUUUGAUCAUAGGUAGAUGUGGUCUCAUACUCACUAACCCUAGACGAUACUGUGUCUUACCCACUAUUACUAACUUAAACAGUCCAUCCUGACAACGCCACCUACAGUAUGUUCUCACAAGCACAUUCAGUUUAGAGCUAUCCAGGGUUCAACACAUUUAAGGUAUUGGGGGAAGUACAGGUGCCCUUUAAUGUUCUGUUUUUUUUAAGUAGGGCUGUAUAAGGUUCUUAUCCAUAGUCUGUGAAUUUUUGAGCCACCUAUAAAACAUGUGAAUUUAAGUGUACGCUAAAUUUAGAACAAUUUAUCACAUUAGUAAAUUGUCUUGGGGGAAAAAAGACUUCUGAAAUGUCACACAAUUACACAAAUGAACACUAAAGGCAGUGGUAGAACAGGACCCUUUUAUGUUCUGUGAGGUAAAACGUAUUAUUUUCAUUUUUGUCGGUGGAGUUUGGUGGCUUUAAAAAAAAAAUUCCACUUAAACUGAUACAGACUUAAAGGUGGCUAAAUACGUGUUCCAUCAACAGCUUAAUUUCUAUGGUAGUACUCUUGUCUGCUUUUCCAAACUGGGGGUCGUGCCAACUUCCAUAAACUGUAGUUAAUACAAUGACUAUUAAAAGUACCUUACACAACCCAUUUAAACACUCUGAAAUAUCCCUUUAAGCACCUGGGUUUCUACUAUCCACAUUUUUGCAUAAUAAGUCAUUCUGCACUUUGGAUUCAUUUACCAGGAAUUACAAGACAGAAACACUGGGAACUUAUAUAGGGGAAGAAACCAACUCUGUGUACAUGUAUACCCUAGAAAUGUACCUUUCAGUGGAAAUGUCUCCUUAAUUGAAUGAAUAAAAACAUUUGCCCUUAAA